GGCGCAAGCGAAAACAAACAGCUGGGGCUGGUAGCGCCCCCGCCCCGGCCUCGAGAGCACGCCGGACCCGGCUCCCACCCUGGGCGCCCGGCCGCCCACCAUGAGGAAGAUCCGCGCCAAUGCCAUCGCCAUCCUGACCGUAGCCUGGAUCCUGGGCACUUUCUACUACUUAUGGCAGGACAACCGAGCCCACGCAGCCUCCGGCGGCCGGGGCGCGCAGAAGACCGGCGGGAGGCCAGAGCAGCUGCGCGAGGACCGCACCAUCCCGCUCAUUGUGACAGGAACACCCUCAAAAGGCUUUGAUGAGAAGGCAUACUUGUCAGCCAAGCAGCUGAAGGCCGGAGAGGACCCCUACAGGCAGCACGCCUUCAACCAGCUGGAGAGUGACAAGCUGAGCCCAGACAGGCCCAUCCGGGACACUCGCCAUUACAGUUGUCCCUCGGUGUCCUACUCCUUAGACCUGCCAGCCACCAGCAUCAUCAUCACCUUUCACAAUGAGGCCCGCUCCACACUCCUGCGCACGGUGAAGAGUGUCCUGAACCGAACUCCUGCCAACUUGAUCCAGGAGAUCAUCUUAGUGGAUGACUUCAGUUCAGACCCUGAAGAUUGCGUGCUCCUGACUAGGAUCCCCAAGGUCAAGUGCCUGCGAAAUGACCGGCGGGAAGGGCUGAUCCGAUCCCGAGUUCGAGGGGCAGAUGUGGCCGCAGCUGCCAUCCUCACCUUUCUGGAUAGCCACUGCGAAGUGAACACGGAGUGGCUGCAGCCCAUGCUGCAGCGGGUGAAGGAGGACCACACCCGUGUAGUGAGUCCCAUCAUUGAUGUCAUCAGUCUGGAUAAUUUUGCCUACCUGGCAGCAUCUGCUGAUCUUCGUGGAGGAUUCGACUGGAGCCUGCAUUUCAAGUGGGAGCAGAUCCCUCUGGAGCAGAAGAUGACCCGGACAGACCCCACCAGACCCAUAAGGACACCUGUCAUAGCUGGAGGAAUCUUUGUGAUUGACAAGUCUUGGUUUAACCACUUGGGAAAAUAUGAUGCCCAAAUGGACAUCUGGGGGGGAGAGAAUUUCGAGCUCUCCUUCAGGGUGUGGAUGUGCGGUGGGAGUUUGGAGAUCGUCCCCUGCAGCCGGGUGGGCCACGUCUUCAGGAAGCGGCACCCCUACAACUUCCCUGAGGGCAAUGCCCUCACCUACAUCAGGAACACCAAGCGCACAGCAGAGGUGUGGAUGGAUGAAUACAAGCAGUACUACUAUGAGGCCCGGCCCUCGGCCAUCGGGAAAGCCUUCGGCAGUGUGGCCACUCGGAUCGAGCAGAGGAAGAAGAUGGACUGCAAGUCCUUCCGCUGGUACUUGGAGAACGUCUACCCCGAGCUCACUGUCCCGGUGAAGGAAGUACUUCCUGGCAUUAUUAAGCAGGGGGUUAAUUGCUUAGAAUCCCAGGGCCAGAACACAGCUGGGGACUUCUUGCUUGGAAUGGGGAUCUGCAGAGGGUCUGCCAAGAAUCCCCCACCAGCCCAGGCAUGGCUAUUCAGUGACCAUCUCAUCCAACAGCAGGGGAAGUGUCUGGCUGCCACCUCCACCUUAAUGUCCUCUCCUGGGUCCCCAGUCAUACUGCAGGUGUGCAAUUCAAGAGAAAGCAAGCAGAAAUGGAGGAGAAAAGGAUCUUUCAUCCAGCAUUCAGUUAGCGGCCUCUGCCUGGAGACGAAGCCUGCCCAGUUGGUGACCAGCAAGUGCCAGGCUGACGCCCAGGCCCAGCAGUGGCAGCUGCUGCCACACACAUGACAGAGGGAUUCCCUUGAAAGGUCAGCCAUUGCACUCAGCCAGGAGGCUGGCUGUGGAGAAUUCCCAGUUCCCCUGUGGCCUUGUCUUGGGAUUCUUCCUGUUGUUCCCUCAAGCACCUGACCCCAACCACUGGCUUGGGCAGUAUAAUCUGUUGGUACCAGGACCCCUGGGGUCUCCCUCCCAAAGCAAACAGCUCCUACCUCAGGAGCACCCAGUCUUUCAUAGAAGAGAGCCACACUCUAGAGAGUUCAUGUAUUUCAGAAGGUCUAGAAUUUCCAGAAAUUGUCCCCCAAAUGGUGUGUGUUUGUGUGUGUGUGUAUGUGUGUGUGUAUGUGUGUGUGUGUAUGUGUGUGUGUGCGCAUCUUCCUGGGGAGAAUGACCCAGGAAAAGAGGAUUUCCCUGGCUUCUUAAAGAGGUCCCUGAUCUCAAAGGGUCUAGGCCUCUGCUCUGGAUUGGAGCUAUUUGACCUGCAGCCCUCCUCUCCCAACCUCCCUCCCUGCUGCACCCAAACUGCCAUCACCCUGUUCCCUCCACGUAGCCCUUGGGGUUGGAAGCCAAGUGUUCAUGGUCGCCAGCACCCACUCUGGAGGGUUCUCCAGCAGUGUCCUCUUGCCUCCUGGCUCUCGCCAGCACUCUCAGCAGGUAUAAGUGCACCCCUGGACUCACAGUGUGCGGGUCCUUUGGCCACACUUCUCCCAUUCUCUGAUGUGGAGUUUCAUCCACCGCCAUUUGUGAGCCUGGCUUCAGAUCCCCUGUUCAUCCAGGAAGCUCCUGCUGUGGGCUAGGAUAGAACCAGGGUUGGGGUGGAGUCCUCUCCCUAGAGCCUAGGCCAUGUUCAGGCGUGGCCCUUGGGGACCAGGAGCAUGAGCUCUUGAAUGUAAGGACUGCUGCUCAGAGAGCCUUUGAGAGGGUCUCACCCUCGUUUCCAUGGUCAGUCAGGCUCUGGACUUCUCAGCUGUCCUGGGUGGGGACUUGGCCCACUCUGUUUUUGCUUUUCCUCUUCUUGACCAAAGCAUGUGCCACUAGCUGUCCUUGAGGACAUUGUCUUUAUGAAACACACACCUGGAAUAAAACCACUUCUUACAUGUUCA